ACAUCUUUACAACAUCUUUACCUGCGGAUGAACUUUGAUCUUACUAUGUUUGAUUUUCGUUUAUUUCUGAUUUAGAUAAUGCAGCGUGUUCAAAAUAGAGUUAAUGUAGGCUUAAUUACUUUUUUCUCAGUGUUACUGUUGACCUCUGCAGUCCAAAAUGUCAAAAAUACAGGCUAUUUUUGGCAAGUGACAGAUUUCCACUAUGAUGCAAAUUACAGCACCACUGGUGAUCCAAAUAACAUGUGUCACCAAGGCAACAGCAGUUCACCUAGCAACAUAGGUUUCUAUGGAAACUACUUGUGUGACGCACCAUGGCAACUGAUCACAUCAGCUGUACAGGCAAUGUACAAGAUAGAGCCAAAUCCAGAUUUCAUUGUUUGGACUGGAGAUAGUGUUCCUCAUGUGUACAACAAAGAUCUAGAUCUUGACAAGGUCUAUACCUUAAUUGGUAAUGUUACAGAGGAGCUUAUGGUAGUUUUCCCCAACACUACCAUUUAUCCAGUGCUGGGUAACCAUGAUCCCUACCCUGCCAAUAUGAUGCCCUAUGAUGUGGAGCAUAGCAAAUAUUACAAGGGUAUUUUAGAUGUAAGUGGUUGGCAUGCUGUACUGGGACAGAAUGAAAGUGAACAAUUCCAUAAUGGUGGCUACUACAGUUCCCAUAUAUCAGAGAAGAUCAAACUCCUUGGCUUGAACACAAACCUCUACUAUGACCAGGACAAACUGACAAAGGGUCUAACUGACCCAGCUAACCAGCUCAAGUGGAUAGAAGAUCAGCUGGAAGCGGCUAGGAAGAAAAAUGAACAGGUGUUUAUUGUUGCCCAUGUGCCACCAGGAAUGUUUGAACUUGUGGAAGGCAUGUCGUGGUUCUAUGGGGACUAUAACAAGAAAUACCUGGAAGUUAUGGAAAAGUAUUCUGAUGUGAUAAUUGCACAGUUAUAUGGACAUGAACAUACAGACAGUUUUAGAGUGCAGUUUGAUAAAGAAGGUAGACCCAUUUCUGCAUUAUUCCUGAGUCCUGCAGUGACACCUUGGAAGAGUACAUUACCUGGGGUUGGUGCCAACAACCCUUCCAUAAGACUGUUCCAGUUUGACAGAGAAAAAGGGGGAUUAAAGAAAUAUAUCCAGUACUUCCUUAACCUUACGGCGGCAAACCUUGCCAGAGAUCCUAGCAAGUGGGAGAAAGAGUAUGACACUUCCGACGUAUACGCUAUUGAUGAACUUCGACCGGGGGCUGUUCAUACUGUGGUAAAGGGGUUUUCAGACAAGGAGAAUAAAGUCUUUAGGAGAUAUUUAGACUUUAAUAGUGUCAAAUGGCAGGUAAAUCCAGACUGUAAUGAAACAUGUUUUCUAAGGCAUAUUUGUGCAAUAUCGGAACUGGAUUUUGAUAAUUAUAAGACGUGUAUGGCGGGAGGAAAAACAACAAAGCAUCCAGAGACAACUACAAGACACCAUCCCCAUGCACAUUCCACUCCGGAACCGCAGGUGCCGGAUUAUAUGUAUUACAUUAUAGGAAGUCUUGCUGCGGCUCUGUUUGUUUUGUUCUUAGUUGUGGCUGUCAUGUGUUUCAAGCGUGGACGACGGAUCUCUGCACCGAGAUAUGCUAAAUUUGGUUCCCUUUCAAUAAAUACUCCUAAUGUCUGAAAAUGUGAUACAGAAAGAAAUAAGAAAAUUUUGCUGCCAUUAUUUUCAAGUGCUAUAAAUUUUUUAUUACAACAAUUAUUUAAUUAACGCCACCAAUGGUAAAGUAUUAUUGUGUUCUGUAGAUAUUUAAAUUUUUAUCAUUUUGUUAUUUUUAUAUGUUUAGAGCUUGAAACCAGAUCAUUAUAAAUUUAAAUCAAAAUGAAUUAUUUAAUUUGUAGUGCUCUGAAUAGUUUCUUUCUAUAUUUCUGCAGCCAUCAUUACUAGUAUGUAAGGCUUUAGAAAAGUGUAAACAUUUUGAAAACUUCUAUGUUUGAGUGCAACUAUAGGUGACAGUCAUAAUCAGAUAUAUAACAUGCCCAACUAUUUGAUAAAUUCUGUAAAGCUGGUAAUGAUUUAUUGUCACUGUUAAUAUUAAAGAAACUGUAGCAGGGCUGGACCAUAUCAUUUUAGAGGGCUUUAUAGUAAGUUAACCUUUAAAAAGCGUGCUGGCGCCAACUGACUCUGCCUUUGCGACCAGUGCAGACUGAUCUUGGUCUGCACUGUUCACUAUUCAGUUUGUACAUUUUCAAGUAAAACCCCUUCAAAUAAUAAAUGGUACUGCCAAAAUUGAAUGAUAGACCAGUCCAUUUUAGAAAUUUAGCAAGGUAAAGGUUAAACGUCAUUAUUUACUUGCCCGAACAUUUUCCUUCUUGCCCAGAUAUGAUAUUCGUAAUCACAUUGAUUUUACAAUGUACAGCAUUUAUUCUUUUGUAGUUCAUAGCAUUUGAGAGUGUUUGUGAAAAUGAUUAAAACUGGUGUAUUAUUAAAAUACUGGUAAUAACAAAUAAUUAACUUUGAUUUUCUGAGAAAACUGAAAUGGCUAGCUGAUUUUUUUUUCUUGCCAUUGAAGUAGAUUAUGCAGUAAUUUUUUGUUUUUGUGUAAAACCAGAUAGAAAUCAAGUUCAUUGACAGUUCUUCUUUGCUUCUUGAUAAUAUUUUUUUUCGAUUCAGAAAAAGUUCUUUCAUGAAAAGUUGCUAACAUUAUGGUGCAAAUGACAAAACUAAAAUGGAACUCAGUAUUGUUGUGUGUUUUUGAAAUGUAACUAAGUCUUUUCUGUUUACUGACGUUGAUUUCUUGUGGGUCGUGCUUUGUUUAAAUAUGCUUCUGUAAGAAAGUAUUGCUGUAAAAAUGGCCAUCUGUUUCAUUUUAUUUUUGAUAUUAUUUGUUGAAUAUAGAUUGCAAGAAAAAGAUUAUAUGAGCUGCACCAUAAGAAAACCAACGUAGUGCAUUUGCUACCAGCAUGGAUCCAUACCAGCCUGCGCAUCCACACAGUCUGGUCAGGAUCCAUGCUGUUCACUUUCAAAGCCAAUUGCAAUUAGAGAAACCAUUAGCGAACAGCAUGGAUCCUGACCAGACUGCGCGGAUGCGCAGGCUGGUCUGGAUCCAUGCUGGUCGCAAAUGCACUAUGUUGGUUUUUUGAUGGUGCAGCUCAUAUCACUGAUUGUAGGUAUGGAUGAAAGUACCCAGCUCUCAGGUAACUGUUUUUGUGGUAACUGGGUGGAGCCUAAACAGUUACCCCCAAGCCGGAAAUUUCCACCUGCACCUAUAUACAACAUGUGAAAGAAUCUUACUCUGUUAGAAUAUAAACCAGUGCCAUAUCAUAUUAAAUGUAAUUUAAAAGUCUUUCUAGUCCUAGAACUUUUAUAGUUCUUGUGUGGAAAAUAAAUUCUUUUUCUUUUGAAUAUUCACUGAAUAAAAAUUAUUCAAUAAACACGCGUUCUAAGAUUUAAACAAGAAAAAUAAUAAACUAUUUUUCUUUUACAGUUUGUGUAUUACGCACUUUCCUGCCACAUUGAUUUGUCUCCAUUUUCACUGUUUGAUUUAGGGUUUUACUAUUUUAAAAUUUAAAGUGAUAUGCAUCCACUGUUAUGUCAAGUUCCAUGAGACUUAAGUAUGUGUUUUCAUUAUUUAAUUUUAAGUAAAAUAAAUAUAAAAAUAUAGAGAUGCAGUGAAUACUAUGCAGUUUUUGUCUGUAAACCUUGUAGGAGGCCUAACUUUACCUAAAAGGAACCAGCGUGGGAGCCAUCUGGUCUAGUCACAUAAUGGUGGACAGGUUAUGAAAGACUAAUUAUCCACUUCGGAUGGUCAUUGAGGUAUAAAUUUGUCAAGGCCAGUUUUUGUUUGGCAUUUUUAAGUGAAACCUGCAUUCAAUUUUAUAUGCAUUUACUUAAUUAUUCCUGUCUCAUUUUAUACUUUUUAAAUUUAUUCUUAAGAAUUAUUUACUUUGAUUACAAUGUAUACACUAUUUUGAAACACUCUGUGAAUAAAACUAGCAAGAAAAUACAUCUAGCCCAAAUUUAGAAGGAAGGCUUUCAGCUUGUUUUAUCCAUAGGCAUUCCGCACAUUUGUUUUGUCAAUAAUGAUGCUAUAUAUGAUAAAAACAUCAAUAUACAGUCCAGGACCCAACAAUAAAUCUAGCACCCAUUUACUAUAUAUGGCUAUAUGUACCAACACUGUGAACAUUGUACAUUUUAUAUUGAAUAUACUGGUAAAGGCAACAGUAUUAAGUGUAUUUGAACCUAUAAAAGCACUAUAAAGUGUAAGUUUUCCAUGUAAAAAAGUUUUAUGAAACAUCAGGAAUUGAGCUCUAUUUUAUAACAGACUUGAAAAACUUAAAUGGUGCUAAAUUCUGGUUAUUAUUUUCAAAAAUGAAUUGUUAUAUUUUAAUAAUAUUAUGUUUGUUGAAAUUUUGAUGUUCAUUUAAAUACAUGCAUAUGUCCAUUAAAUCCAUUUUCAUAAUCUGAAAAGUAACACAUAGCAAUAAUCAAACCUUCAGGGAGAUGGAUAAUACAUGUAGAAUUUGUUGAUUUAUUUUUUAAAUAAAAUGUAAUGAUUCUGA